AACGCUCACAUAUCUUUGAUAAGUCGGACACGCUGGUUCGUGUUCUGCUUCCCUAAGCCGCACCCAACAGGAUUCAUAUUAAUUCAACCAGAAGGACGCUUAAGGAACUACCCAAAAUGGAAUCGCAAAUAUCUAUUGAACAUCCGAGGACCAUGUCGACUCCCACGUUUAUGGUUACAGUCUUGGGCAUAUAUCUGCUGCUGGUCACUAAAAUUGGACCAGAAUUCAUGCUGUUCCGAAAACCGUUCCAGCUCAAGAAGUUAAUCAUCACCCACAAUAUUGUGCAAGUUGUUAGCUGUAUAUAUGUUCUCUUUGAGGUUCUGACUAUCACAGAGAAUAAUAUAUUCUUAUUUUGGAAAUGCAACGCAGUGGAGAUGACAGAGUCUCGCACAAAGCGCCAUUUCAGCUUGGCAUACUUCCUCUUCUGGCUUAAAUUAUCUGAGCUGAUUGAGACGGUGAUCUUUGUGAUGCGCCACAAGCAGAAUCAAGUGACUAAACUGCACAUCUUCCAUCACAUUACCACAAUAACUUUGAUCUAUAUGCUGAUCAAUCAUAAUGACAAUGGAACUGAUGCACUCUUUCCCGUCUUUCUAAACUCGAUUGUGCACAUCGUGAUGUACACAUAUUACUUGAUCGCUGCUGUGGCGGAUCCGAGCAUUGUGCGUGCUCUGACGCCAGUGAAGAAAUCCAUUACCAUGAUGCAGAUGACGCAGUUUGCACUCAUCAUCUUCCAUGCGAUAUUGGCAAGCGUCAAUUGUGGCGUUAAUCUCGUCGUUUUUGGAUACUUUAUGGGGGUGAUAAUCCUCAUGUUCUAUGGAUUCUACGAUUUCUACCAAGGCUCCUAUAAGAAACAGGAGCUCAGUCGCAGAGAAUUCGCAGCUGCAUCUCGUGCUGCAGCUGGAGAAGUGCCAACAAAAACGAUGGAAGUUAAUUAGGCCAAAUACAAAUAUACAUAUAUGUAUGUAUAUACUACAUCUUGUACAACAUACGAUAUACAAAUACAUGCUUACGAAUUUGAAUCCAAAAUGUAUGUGGGCUUGGCUGUGUGUCUCUGUGCAAUUUAACAAUUUGAUUAAUUGGUCGUCUAUUGAGAGACAGAGAGAGGGAAAGCGAAGGGAGGCGAUGGGGAAGCUGAUUGUUUGCUUUGGCUUGACAGAUAAGAUAACAAUUAAAACUGCGACAGCCAGUAUAUGUAGAUAAAAUAACACCAUCCGCUGGCUCAUCAGGCACGAUAACAAUGACGAUGUUGAUCACUCACCGUGUAGUAGGAUAGCAGGCCUGCGUUCUCGUCCAGCACAAAGAAGCGAUACUGCCAUCCCUUCAUCACGUUCGUCCAUUUGCUCAGAGUGCCCUCCAGUGUGCCGGCCGAGGUUGAAGCCAUGUUACAUCUGCUGAGCUGUUGUUGCUGCUGCCGUUGCUAAUGUUACUGUUAUACUGUGAGGUAGCGCAGUGUUCGCCUUUUCCCCGUAGUCGUUGUCGUUGUCGUUCUCGUCAGCUGAUCUCUUUGGCCGCUCGUCGCUGGAUGUUGUGAGGGAGACGGAUGUUGAUGCUUGUGCCCUGUGACGUAACAAUCCUCCUACUCGCACGUACAAUCCCAACUUUACUACGCUCGUA